AUGAUGGAUAAUGAAGAAAGUAAGGUAAAAGAAAUUUAUCAUUCUCCUUUUGAAGGUCAUAAAAAUAUCCCAUUUUGUGACGAAAAUUUUACUAACAAUAUUAUACAUUGUAAUAUGAUUAAAUGUAUGAAUAAAAAAGGUCAAGAGAAAUUAAAAAAAUUAUUAAAAGUUAAUAAUAAUUUAAUAUAUGAUAAUAUUCUACAUCUGAAUAUAUAUGUUAAAAGUAUUUGGUUAUGUAUGAAUUUAAAAUGUACAUUCUCUAUUCAUGAUUUAAUUUUAAUUGCACGAUCUUUUAAAAACACAGAAAUAUUAUAUGAUAAUAAUUCUUUUAAUACAAAUCUAGAGGAUUCAUUAUAUAAAGAAGAUAAAACUGGUAACUCUUUUUAUAUUUAUUUUCAUAAUUAUAAAAUUAGAAAAAAUGUAGUCAAAAUUUUCUUUCAAAAACCUUAUGUUGUUUGCUUUAUUCAUAAAAAUGGAUCAAUACACCUACACGGGUCAGCCACACUACGGAAAAUUUUAUUAAUUUUAAUAAAAGUGGUGAAAAAAUUAAAAUAUAAAACCUUUUGGACAUAUUUAAAUCAACAAAAAGAUGAUAAGUUAAAUUGUGAUAAAUAUCAAGAGGAUGACUGUAUUUCCAUUGAGAGUAAAGGCGGUUUUAGUUCUUCAUGUAGUGAUAACAAUGAUGAUAAAAUGUUUGCAAGUAAUUAUGAAAAGGAUAAAAAAAAUUAUGAACAGGAUGAAAAAAAUUAUGAACAUAAUAAAAAAAAUUAUGAACAGGAUGAAAAAAAUUAUGAACAUAAUAAAAAAAAUUAUGAACAUAAUAAAAAAAAUUAUGAACAUAAUAAAAAAAAUUAUGAACAGGGCCAAAAUUUUUGUGAACAGGACAAAAAUUUUUGUGAACAUGAUAAAAAAAAUUCUGAACAAACAGUUCAUAUUAAUAAAAAGACAAACUUAAACAACCAAAAUAAGGACAAAGUGGUAUGUAGUGAUAAAUCAGACAUAGAUAUAGAUUUAGAUAUAGAUAAAAAUAUAGAAGACGCAUUUGUUAAUUAUGAAAAAUUUUUGGACGAUUUUAGUGAAGAUAAUAUUAGUGAUGCAUGUACAGAGAAACAACCAGAAGAGUUACAUAUCAUGGAAGGAUUAGAAAAAAGUGAUGACCUUAUGUCUGAUAAUAGUAUAAAUAAUGUUGACGAUAUGAAAAGAAAUAUUUGUGUGACAAACAAAACGGACAUUAAUGAUACUAUUAAUAGUUGUGAACAUAUGAUUAAAAAAUUAAAUGAGAGGUUUGAACAUUAUGAUUUUUAUGGAGAUGACGAAUUAUAUGAAAAGGUUAUAUCAAAAGAUAAGAACAAGGAAGAAAAAUUAGUGAGUGAUAAUUAUUAUGAUGAUAUAAAAAGUGAAUGUAAUAUUAUAAAAAACGAUGAAGAUUUUGAUUUUAAUAUAAAUAAUUUAGAUGAUGAUAUGAAUUUUUUAACAUCUGAUUUAAACUAUAACGAUUUAAAUAAAAAGGAAGAUAUUAUAAGUAAUCAUAAGCAAAAUGAUGUUUCCUCUAAAUCGUUUGUUAAAAUUAAUGAUAAUGACUGUUCCGAAAAAAAAAAAAUAACAUCUUACAAUAAUAAUAAUAAUAAUAAUAAUGAUGAUAAUAUAUUUGAUAAUGCUUUUUUUUAUUUUGAAGAUGAAAAAAAAGAAUUAUUAAGCAAAAAGGAUAUUUAUAAAAUUGAUAAAUAUCAAAAAUGGAAAUAUAUUAUAAGAGAUGAUAUUAUUUUCGAUAUGAAUUCUUUAAACAUUAAACAGUUUGUAUGUGUAUUUAAAAUUGAACUAAAAUAUUUUGAUAUAGGAAGAAUUUCUAAAUAUUCAGAAUUUAAAAAUAUUUUAAUUGAAAUAAAUAAUAUUAUAUAUAUAAGAAUUGAUCAAAAUUUCUUAAGUAAAUUAAUGGAGAAAGACACCUUACAUAAAUGUGUUAAAACAGAUACUCUGAAUAAUGAAAAAAAAAAUAAAAAAAGUACAAUUAGGACUGUACUCUUAUUCGCAUCUGGUAAUGUUAUCAUUUAUGCUUGUAAGAGUAAGAGAGAAAUAUUAUGUAUAACUAGAUUUAUAAUUAAUGCCCUCAAAAGAAAUAAUAACAUAAUAAUAUAA